GCGAGGACCGCGCUGGGGAAUCGGCACGAGAGGAGAAGCUGCUGCGUCACUCAGGGCUUCACUAAACGAACAAUUAAUUAUUUACUGAUUGUUAACUGAGCGGACCUCUUCCAUAGCAGGCAUUUGGCCCGACAUUGUAGGAGUACAAGUUGGAAAUCGAUGGAUUAUAAGUGUAAAGGCAGAUUUGCUAUGAACACUUAAAUGUAUGCACAUUGCACACGGUGGACUAGCGCUGACUCCAUAUCAACCGUGAUGGCUGUCAUCUUCCUCUAAGUGCUGAAGGAAAUGUGCUUCAAUGCUGCUUUUCUUACCACCGUAGCCACUGGAUCGAGUGUGACUGUGUGUCUAAUGGCAGUCCUCCUCAGACGUGGGCUUUCCGUGGCCCUGCAUCGUGCCCUAGGGCGGGGCUGCCGCCCUGCACGUCUUGCUGCACUUCUAGGAGCAUGUAGGACUAAAAAGACAUGGCCGGUGAGCUUCCCUGUGGAGGAACUGAAGAAACGCCUCACGCCUUUACAGUACCACGUCACCCAGGAGAGAGGAACCGAGAGUGCCUUCACUGGAGGGUUCACACAUCACAAAGAUGAGGGAACCUACACGUGUGUGGUCUGUGGGGCUGUGCUGUUCAGCUCGAACACUAAAUUUGACUCUGGAUCAGGUUGGCCGUCCUUCUCUGACCUUGUGAAGGCGGAGUCCGUCACUGUUUCAGAUGAUUUUUCCUACGGGAUUCACCGAGUGGAGACCACCUGUGGCCAGUGCGGCGCUCACCUGGGACACCUGUUUGAUGAUGGACCAAAACCCACAGGAAAACGCUACUGCAUCAACUCGGCCUCGUUGGCUUUCCAGCCCAAAGACGGAGGGGCCUCACCUGCCUCCACCGCCGUAGCUGAGGGCGGAGCUGCGGGCAGCCCAGGAAGCGGCAGGACGGAGCUCUGAAAGAUACUUGUGAAUUGCAGCACACCCCACAACUGUGCCUGUGUAGGAAUAGUUCAAAUGCAGAAAGGAGCUUUUUUUAGCUCUGUAUUGUGUAAAGAUAGGAGUUAAUUGGUCAAGGCAGAAAUGCACUGUAAAAUCUCUCAUAAGGGAAAUGUUCACGGUACCUAAAUAGUCACACUCAAAGCUGCAAAUCACACUGUCCCAGCUGAUUGGCUUACUGGGAAUAUAUGUUUUCCCCUUUAUUCCCUUUCGUUUGAAGAGUAGCAUUUAGUCUGCUAAUUUAAACAUAGAUGAAAUGCUGUGUAGUGGUAGCGACACAUAUAUAAAAAUGAGAGCUUUUUACAGUAGUAAAAAAGUAUUUUAUUAUAGUAUAUAUUUUGAAGUGAUAUUUGAUACUGAGCGGUUGCCUCCAGUCACAGAUGGCAUCACAUGUUGGACAGAUAAAAUUCUGUGGUCUUUAGGUUACUAUAUUUUUUCUUUUAGUUCUUUGCAGUAAGAAAUAUAUAUAUAUUUUUCAGUUUGUAUUCACAGCUUGAAUCUUUACAGUUACUGGAUGAAUAAAGUAUCUUGAAAACA